AUUAACUUAAUUAGAUUAUUUUAUUUGAAUAGUUACUGAUAAUGCUUUCGUCAAUAAUGAUAAAAAUAUUGAGAUAAAAAAAUAACAGUUGAUUUUAAUUAGAGUAAUCUGUCUUAAAAAUGUAUGGCGAUAUCUACGCGUCCGAAGAUGAUUUUGAAUGUGAAUCUAUUGUUGAGUUUUGUCCAUUAGCGGCUGCAAAGAAAGAAAGUUUCAGUGUGUUGCUUUUGGUGCUUGAAAAUUUAAAACUCUACAACAUCGAUUUGGAUAAGACUGAUGAAAACGGAAAUACUUUACUACACAUUUGUGCUGCAAAAGGUAAUUUAGCAUGCGUUAAAAAAAUACUUUCAAUUGGUGGUGUUAGUAGACUGUUAAACAAGAAACAGCAGACUCCACUUCUACUGGCGUGUUCCAAAGACUCCUCAGAGUCAUUAGAAAUUGUUGAACUGUUAGUAAACCAUGAUAACACUUUAAAUGUACCCGACAUGUUCAACGAGACACCAAUAUUCCACGCCGUCAGGGCCGGAAGCGCCUCCAUGGUUAAAUACUUGCAUUCAAAAGGAGCCACACUGACCCACAAAAAUAAAAUAGAAGAAUCACUGCUGCACGUUUGCGACAACGCAGAAGUAAUGCGGUACCUCCUCCAGUACAAGCUAAACGUAAACAAAGCCUCAGCCGAUGGCACGACCCCGUUGCAGGUCGCGGUGGCACGAGGCAACGUGGAAACCGUCAAAUUAUUGAUACAGAACGCGGCUUACAUUCACGUGGUGGACACCAAACAAAGAAGUCUUUUACAUCUGGCCAUAUUAUACGACCGUUACGACAUUGCUGAAUUGCUAUUUAAAAAUAAAAUCGAUGUUAAUGCGGUAGACGAAGAAGGACUUACUGCAUUGCAUUAUGCGGUGGAUACGGGCCGAAUGUCGUACGUUGCGUUGCUUUUGAAAUUUCAAGCCAAAGUAAACGUUAUGGAUAUUGAUGGGUAUACACCUUUGCACGUGGCUGCAACGAAAACCAAUAUAGAAAUAAUUGAUUUAUUGACGAAGAGAGAUGGUAGGGCUGCAGUGGCGAAAACAUUUAAUGGCGAUAUUCCGUUACAUAUUGCUGCUAGGUGCGGUAAUUCUGCUGGUAUAUAUGUGUUACUCAAUGAAACUGAUAAAUUUGUAAAGAAUUUUGAAGGACUAACACCUAUCGAUGUUGCAGAUGACGCAUGUAAAGGCUGUUUUAGCAUUAAUAAAUCACAUUGGUUUUAUGUUGUAUAAACGAAGGAGUGUAACGUUUUAUUGAAAAAAUCAAGUACCAGGGCCAUCAAGUAAAGGCCAUCGAUCGGGGUUCUUCAACUUGUGGAUAGGACUAUUAUUAGAGAAAUUAAUCCGUAUUUUCAUUUUUAAAUUAAAUGUUGACAA